AUGUGGAGUGAUGGUUGUGGAGCCCAGAACAGAAACGCAACUUUGCUUUCUGCUGUUUCUUCAUGGGCACAGUCGCACAAAAAGGAAGUCCUUGUUAAAUACCUAGAAAAAGGCCACACUCAAAUGGAAGUCGAUUCUGUCCAUGCGAAAAUCGAAAGUAAACAAAAUAAUGUAGAUCUUGAAACUCCAGCAGAUUAUUGUCGCAUUGUGAAAGAAGCAAGGCGUCACCCAUGUUCCUUCAAAUGCAACUACUUGGAGUAUGACUUCUUCAAAGAUUUUGAAGCAACACAGGCAUGCAUAUGA